UCAACCGCGAGCCGCGGUGAACCGAAGGUGUGGUGAGUGUUUCUGUGGGCCGACGGGCCAAAAAUGGCGGAGCGUACGAAGACGACAGCCCCGGCCACCCGGCCCGUUCCCAUGAAGCUGUUUGCCACUUGGGAAGUGGAUUGUACUGCACCGAAUUGUAUACCCAGGCUGUGCUCCCUGACCCUGACCCGGCUGGUGAUCCUGCGUCCAUUAGGCUCCGAUCUAACCUCGAUCAGCAUCGCGGUGAAGAUGCAGAGCUCAAAGAGGACUCUGCGUUCGAACGAGAUGGCCAUCCCGACCGGUGGCAUGCUGGACACCGAGCUCGAGCUCCAGUUCGCCCUUCAGUAUCCCCAUUUCCUGAAAAGGGACGGCAACAAGCUGCUGAUACAGCUGCAGAGGAGGAAACGCUAUAAAAAUCGUACGAUGCUCGGAUACAAGACCCUAGCAGAGGGAGUUAUCAACAUGGCUCAGGUUCUCCAGAAGCAGAUGGACCUGGAGCUGGAGCUGGUGUCGGACAAGGCUGAGAAAUACGGCGGUCACUCUGUGGCGCUGGCUCGCGUGAGCGUGGUUGCACUGAGCUCCCAGCCGGUCGACCAGGACAAAAGACUGAUGAACGACCCGAACGAGAGGCUCUGCCCCGAGUACAGCGACGAGGAGGAGGAGUUCAGCUCCGAGGGCGAAGCAGAGGGCAGUGACAGCGAGCCGACUCUGGAGAUGCACAGGCGGAAGAGCCGGGCGAAGAUUCCAGCCAACGCCAGGCAGAGGAACUUAAAGCAGAAGUUCAUAGCCCUGCUGAAGAGGCGGUUCAGGGUGUCGGAGGAUCUGGAUCAGGAUCAAGAGGAGAUCGGUCAGAAGCUAUCAGAGUCGUUAACUGGAUUUGUUAAAGGCGCAGAGAUGGAAAUCGACGAACUGUUCGACGAACUGGAAAAUCUGUCCGACAGCGGUCCAGAACUGGACACGAUGUCUGUGAGCAGCACCCCGAAGCCGUCGCUGCGACCUUUCUUCAGCUCUAGUCGAUCCCUUCUCGCGCCACCUCAUUCCGUAGUAACCAACGAGGAGACCGGAAGCACUCCUGCGACAGCCAUAGGUCAGCAGAGCACAGGUCAGCCAGCUAAAGAGAAACACCGUAUCGGACACACCACUCCAGAGCGCGGCGUGGAUAGGCAAAGCGAUGACAGUUCCCGAAGAGCUGACAGCGACUCGCACCCGGAGAACUGGACAGACCACGAGGCGAACGAUCCGCCGAAUUACGUGACGGGUUCGCCGCCGAAGUCGGAACAGCACAACAAGACCGAGAGCACCGACAAACGGAGCAGGCUUUUUACCCGCGACAGAGGAGUACCGGGUACCAACAAGUCUAAAAAGCACAGCCUCAGCGUGGACCUGAAGCCGCCAGCAGACUUGAAUAGUUCCGAGGUAGAUGAGAAACGAUCGUUACUGCAUUCUCUGUUCACUGGUGGUGACAUGCUUGCUGGUCUGGUCUGA